UCAAUUGUCAUUGUGACAACUGACAUUACGUAAUGGCUGAUGGCUGAAUCCUGGUAGUUUAUCUGCCUCAAUAAUCUUUAAAUUUUCCUUAACCUGUUAAACAAUGGCUUUGCCGGUUCGGAUUUUAUCUCGUUGCAAAGAUGGCUUAAAGCUUGGCAACAUUAGAUAUUCUAGUAACACACCAUACACACAGACUCGGAAAAACUUGGCACUAACAAGUGAGACCAAAGUCAUUGUGCAGGGUUUCACCGGCAAACAGGGUACUUUCCACAGUCAACAAGCUCUUGACUAUGGAACCAAGAUUGUGGGAGGUGUUUCACCAAAAAAAGCUGGAACAGAACAUCUGGGAAAGCCAGUAUUUGGGACUGUAAGGGAUGCCAAGGAAAAGACAGGCGCAGAAGCGAGUGUUAUCUAUGUCCCUCCGCCUGGAGCUGCUGCAGCCAUUUUGGAAGCAAUCGAAGCUGAAGUACCACUGAUAGUGUGCAUCACUGAGGGAGUGCCGCAGCAUGACAUGGUGCGUGUAAAACAUGCACUGCUCCGUCAGAACAAGUCCCGGCUGGUGGGGCCCAACUGUCCCGGCAUCAUCGCGCCGGAGAAGUGCAAGAUCGGCAUCAUGCCGGCGGCGGUGCACAAGAAGGGUUGCAUCGGCGUGGUCUCCCGAUCUGGAACGCUGACGUACGAAGCUUGCCAUCAGACUACUGUUACUGGACUAGGUCAGACCCUCUGUGUGGGUAUUGGAGGUGAUCCUUUCAACGGCACAGACUUCAUCGACUGCCUGGAAGUGUUCCUGAAUGACCCGGAGACAAAGGGGAUAAUACUCAUUGGUGAAAUUGGAGGCAACGCUGAAGAGCUCGCGUCUGACUACUUGAUUCAGAAUAAUACUGGACAGAAAGCCAAGCCCGUGGUGUCGUUCAUCGCCGGGCUCACAGCGCCGCCCGGCCGGCGGAUGGGCCACGCGGGCGCCAUCAUCUCGGGCGGCAAGGGAGGCGCCAUGGACAAGAUCAAGGCCCUAGAGAAAGCCAACGUCAUCGUGACCCGCUCGCCCGCCAAAAUGGGCGUCGAACUGUUCAAGGAAAUGAAACGAUUAGAGAUCGUCUAAACAAACUAUAUACCUACACUCUCUGUCCAUUAUACUUUGUAUAGACUUUUAGUAAUUAUACACAAAUUAUUAUUUAUUGUCUACAUGCCGUUGUUUUUCGAUGUUUCUCGAAUUGUUGUACGAUGGGCGAUGCAAUUAAACUGAUUGGUGCGUAAUGGGUGUAGCCAAUGUUGACUGGGCAAAUUCAUAAACUUUGUGACCAACAGCCAAAACGCCCUUUAUUUCGUGUGCUAAAUAUCCUAGUCUUUUUACACAAACAGAGAGGCCUGGUAGCGAAAUUUUUUGUAUAGUCUGACCAGAAAUAGUAAAAACUUUGAUUGGUGGCGCCACUAGUGUUUUUGAGCAGUCUGUGCUUAGUAUGCUAAUUAGUUCCUGUUUUUGCCGCAACAUGGCGAGGUUUUUUUUUGUUUUUUGGUUGGGCUAUAUAUAAUUAACUAUACACACAAAUAUGUUUGUGUAAUUUUGUAAUGAUGCACCUAAUAGGGCUGAGCGUUUGAAUUAGUGCUCUUUUCAAACAUGUUGAAGCCAAGACAUUGAGAAUUUCCAGUAGCUUGCUUUAUUAGAAGCACCAUUGAAAACAGUCCUUUACUGAUUCCACUUAUUCUUAUAUUAUUUUCUCUCAUUUAUUUAAUUGUCCUUUUUUUUUGAUUUUAACCAAUGUUAAUAAAUCUUAUACUUCCAAAAUUAACAUCUGUCAAUGUAGGAAUCAGUGGCAAUCGGUGUUUAUUGGCAGAUGGUAAAAUGUUCAACACUUUCAUUGGUCAGUUUUCAAGAAAAAACGCACUUGUUAGGGCAUUUGCUACGUGGUUACGCCCGUGAACAAUAUUUUGAUAAAUUUUGUGAUUCAUUGUGUUCAAAAUCUCUUUUUAUAACGCACGGUAUAGCUAAAAAGCACUCAAUUGUAUGAUGUUAAAUGUAAGUUAUAAUCUGAUAAAAUAUCCACUCCUAAAGUUAAGUUGCCAUACAAUGGUGAUUGUAGGGGACGCUUGAAUUGUUGUAUUUUGAAAUGUAAUGUGUAUAUUAUUAAUCAAGCAUAAAACUUGUAAAGACCUGUUCCAACUUUAUUGAUGUGAAAUAAAUUACAAUUAUUAGA